AUGUCCGACAGUCUUAUACGUGAAAAACCAACUUCAUAUGGAUCAAUUCGUCAGAAUAACAUAAUUAACGGUAAUUCCCCAUUGAAAUUAUUUACUCAUGCCAAAACGACAAUCACAGAUAUUUUUAAAAAUAUCACGUCAUAUGUCAAUGAUUCGAAUAUAUAUCUUAGUGAUGUGAUUAAAUCUGAUCGAAAUUUAAUAAGCAAUGAGAAAUAUAAAGAAAUACAACAUUUAAAAGAAAAAGUUAGUCGGAUACUAUCAAUUAUUUCACGUGAUCAUAUGAAAGUUGUUUUUUUCGGAAGAACAAGUAAUGGAAAAAGUACAGUUAUGAAUGCAAUGUUAAGAGAAAGAAUAUUACCAGUCGGAAUGGGACAUACAACGAAUUGUUUUCUUCAAAUUGAAGGAACAGAUAAAAUCGAAGCAUCAGUUCUAAUACCAGGAUGUGAUGAACCAAAGAAUAUAAAUAAUUUGAGUACUAUUGGCAAUGCUUUAUCCAGAGAAAAAGUUGAUUCGGAUUCUCUGGUCAAAAUCUUAUGGCCAAAAGAAAAGUGUCAUCUUAUUCGAGAUGAUGUAGUUCUAGUCGACAGUCCUGGUAUCGAUGUAUCAGCUAAUCUUGAUCAAUGGAUUGAAAAGUAUUGUUUAGAUGCAGAUGUAUUUAUACUUGUUGUAUCAGCUGAAGCAACAAUCACCAUAGCUGAAAAAACAUUUCUUCAUAAUGUUGCCACACGUGUAUCAAAUCCAAAUAUAUUUAUUUUAAUGAAUCGUUGGGAUGCAACAGACGAUGAACCUGAAAUGGUUGAUUUGGUGAAAAAACAACAUCUUGAUCGAGGUUUAGAAUUUCUAUGCGAUGAAUUAAAUCUAUAUCAACGAAAAGAAGCUGCUGAGCAUAGAAUGUUUUUUAUUUCAGCACGUGAAGCUUUAUCGAAUCGAAAUAUCGAUUUAAGUAGUUCAUCAAAAAGUGGAUUUACUAAAGCUCAUAAAGAACGUCUUGCUGAUUUUAAUAAAUUUGAACAUGAAUUUGAAAAAUGUAUAUCAAAAACUGCUGUACAAACAAAGUUCGAACAGCAUGCAAAUCGUGGCAAAGAAAUUCUUUCGUUAAUAUCUGAAACAAUAACGAAUACAAUUAAUAAAUCACAAACAAUCAAAGAAGAAAGUAGUGAAAAAUUAAUUCAAAUGGAAGAGAGAAAUACUUUUGUCGAAAAUGAAUUAAUCUCAAUCACUGAUGUAGCCAAAGAAAAAAUUAGAUAUGUAGCAGAAGAUGUUUAUAAAAGAGUGUCACAAACUUUAAAUGAUGAAAUAAAACGUCUGUACACAUUAAUUCAAGAAUUUGAUCGUCCAUUUUCAUCAGAUCGUGAUCAACUUCCACUAUAUAAACAAGAUUUACAUAGGUGGCUUGAUGGACGACUUGGCUCAAAUUUACAAAAUCGUCUUCAUACAGCAUUAUAUAAUUCAUUAGAUAUUGUUCACAGUGAAAUAAAAGAACGUGUUAAAUCAAUCUUAUCAACUAAUGAACUUCGAUCAUCUGUUGAUUCCAUCAUACCACGUUCUGACUUUGCUGUAUCAUAUCGUUUGGAUUGUUCAAAUCUAUGUUUAGAUUUUCAUGAAGAUAUUAAAUUUAAAUUUUCAUUAGGAUUAACGUCAUUAUGGGAACGUUUUGUUAAAAAUCAGACUGAAUCGAAAUAUAACUCUUCAUUACUAGUCAAUUCAUCAAAUGAUCUACUUACAACAACAAAUAAUAUAACAGCAUUAACAACAAAGUCUAGUUUAGCUGGAUUAGGUGCUGUGGCAUUAAUAUCGCGUAGUGUUGGAUGGAAAAUGGUUGGUGUUGUUGCUGGUAUUUAUGGUGGCUUUUACAUUUAUGAAAGAUUAAUGUGGACAAAAAAAGCGCAAGAACGCGCAUUUAAACGUCAAUAUGCUGAUUAUGCGUCAGCAAAAAUGAAAUUAAUUGUUGAUUUAACAUCUGGUAAUGCAAGUGCUCAAGUUCAACAGGAAUUAUCAAUGUACUUUGCUCAAACAAUACAUUAUGUUGCUAUGGAAAAAGAUGAUAUUAUAGAUAAUAUACAAGAAAUCAAAAAUGAAAUCAACCAUUUAAAAUCUUAUUUUGACAAAGGAAAAAAACUUAAAAGACAAGUUGAUAACAUUGAUAGUGAAUUAAAUCAAUUUUCAAAACAAUAUUUAUUACUUGAUUCGAUCAAUGCAACAAAUUAA